CAGUUUUCUCUUUCUCUUUACUUUAAUUUACUUUUACUUCACCAUCUCACUUCCUCUCUCUCUCUCUCUUAUGAUGACAAUGGGUGGCGACUCUGAUCACCGGAAACCUACUAAUUUCGGCACCGGACCUUUAUCUCGGCGAAGAUCAUGGUGUUGCUCUUUCGCCGUACCUCCGGCGAGUCCUGAUGCCCUUUCAAUUUCAUCUCGUAACCACAUUCAAGCUAAAGCUCAGCAGCAGAGACCCAAAACUGGUCCCAAAUCGGUUCCUUGCUCACCGCAAAGCUCUAAAUCUCCUCUAAACAUCGUGGGUCGAAUCGACCCGCGUCGGAUCUUAUCACCGGGUCGGGUUUCACCCAUAGAUUCGGAUCUCGCCAUCGAUACCAUGCAAGAGACUGAGACCACUCACGAAGACGAAGAGGAAGAUGUGGUGGUUGUAGGUUCAGCUCCGAAUCUGCGCUCAGAGAGUUUCAGAGCUCCGAAGAUUGAUGUUACUGUCUCAGGUUCGGUUUCAAGUGAGGGUUACGAUGCUAGGUUGAGCCUAAAGGGGAGAAACGGUGGUGGGGUUUUGGUGUUGGAGCUUAGCUCGGAGGUUUUGGCUGCGAAUUCAGAUGUUUUCGCGGGUUUGAUUGUGGAGAACAAAAAGUGUUCUUCUUUAGGGUUGAAGAACACAUGCAGGAUUGAAGUUUGUGAUGUGGAGAAUCUUGGUGUUUUCAGGGAUGCUGUGGAACUUAUGUUUGAGGAAAGUAAUUGUAUCAUCAACAAGUUGAUGAAAAUGGGUGUCUACAGAGCCAUUGAUGUACUCGAGGUAGCGGCUGGAAUCAAAUUUUCAAGAGCUGUCUUGUCCUGUCUGAAAUAUCUUGAAGCUGUUCCUUGGACAGAGGACGAAGAGGAAAAACUGAGGAGACUUCUUGCAAUUCAUAACUUCGAUGAUGCUGCAACCAGCGAAAUUUUGGCAAGGUUUAAUUCAAAUGAGACAGAAAACGUGCAAGACAGCUUGUCGAAGAAACUCGUUUGGUCAAUAACUUCCUGCAGUGAUGUAAAUCCUAGAAACGAGCUCAAGUCUUUGGUUAAAGGUCUUCUUUGCAAAAGUUCAGUGUAUGAGAAAGAACAGCCUGAGAUCAACAAGGAUGACAUAUAUAGAGCAGGCAAGUGCUGUGUCGAUUCACUAGCUAAGCUGUUUGAAGAGGGCAGUAAUGAGAGUAACAAGAAAGAAAAGCCAUUGAUUGAAGGAAUUUCGAGGGAGGUAGAGAACAUAAACUGGCUGCUGGAGAUCAUGAUAGAUUGGGAAAUAGCAGAGGAAUUUGUGGAGAUAUGGGGGAAGCAAAAAAGGCUAGUGGAGAUGCAUGAGAGGGUAUCGGCAAUGGUGAGGUAUGAAGUAAGCAGAGUCACAGGAGCGAUAUUUAUUGCAAUGGGGAAAAGGAGAGUGCAAUGCGGAGGAGAAGCAAGGGCGGGGCUAGUAGAGGCGUGGUUCAAGCCAAUGUUAGUAGAUUUUGGGUGGCUACAAAGAUNUUUUUUUUUUUUUUUUGUUAUUGAGCUAAAUUAG